UGGUAUGGUGGAACAGGCUCUAUGUUCUCUCAUCUGAUGUACUACUAAUGGAGGGUGUGGGGUCCUACGAAUUGCUGUAUGAUUUCUAGCUGUCUUCACUGCGCUAUGAAACUUCUCAUCUUGAAUCUUCAACUUCUGCAUGCUAAAAAAAGAAAAGCCAGCUGCCUGUGAGUUUCCCGCCAAAACAGUGUGAUCCCGCUGAUAAAUUUAUCUUCGCGGACUCAUCAAGAAAAGCGUUAUGGCUGCUGCACCAGCCUCCGAAGAAACAACAUUUUCUCAUUUCUCGAACGUCUUUAUAAAGGAUGUGAGUCCACAGAUGGGAAAAGGCGUCUUUGCCAAGAAGUAUUUCAGAGAAGGAGAGCUCAUUUUUGAAGAAAGACCGUUGGUUUGCAGCCAGUUUUUGUGGAAUUCUCUCUACAAGUACACGGCUUGUUCUAAUUGUUUGAGGUCUUUGGAAACAGCUGAGCAGAUGGCGCGUAGGUUAUCGGGAAAUGACAACUUGCAACUUCCUUACGCAUCCAAGUGUUGUGAAAUUACGCGUAUGGGACAGAAAACUAUUAGCUGUCAAAACUGUCAGGUUAAAUAUUGCAGCGAAGAGUGUAGGCAAUGUGCGUGGGAUCAAUACCACAGGACUCUUUGUUUGGGACAAAAUGAAGGAGAUCCCAGCCAUCCUUUAGAACAGUUACAGGAAACCUGGAGAAAAAUGCACUAUCCCCCAGAAACUGCAAGUGUGAUGCUUAUUGCACAAAUGAUUGCAACAGUAUUGCAAGCACCAGAUCCUAAGAAGAUGCAGGAUACAUUUGAAUCUUUUUGCCACUCUGUUGUGAAUCGAGGGCAAAAGAUUGUUCACAAACUACUAGGAGAUCAGUUCAAGGAGCAGCUAGACAUCCUAAGAGUGCAAAUGUCCAAUGCACUGUAUGAUGAGAAAUUAGAAGAGUGGUUUAAAAUGGAUGGUUUUCUUUCGCUAAUGGCUCUUAUUGGAAUCAAUGGGCAAGGAAUUGGAACAAGCUCCUUGAGUGUUUAUGUUCACAAUCUUGAAAACCUUGGAGAUAUAUCUGAGGAUGAACGGCAAGCUCUGGAUGUUUUUAUUGAUCAACUUUAUGAAGAAAUGGAUAAUGUUUCUGGGCAGUUUCUUAACUGUGAAGGUUCUGGUUUGUAUGCACUCCAAAGUUCAUGUGAGUACAUUCAGUUUUUUUUCGUUCUUUUUCUCGCGGGCAGAAUAACAGCACUUAUUUACACCAAUAUCAGUCACUCAUUUUUCCUGUGCUACAAAAGAAAAUUAGUUAAAGUUGCCCCACGUCCUCAAUCUUGCUAUUUUGUUAUGAGUUGUGAGUUUUUUUUCGUUACCGUGACUAUAAAAGGUCAUCGGAACUCGCAAAAUAUGCCACGGUAUUAUACGGACAGGAAGCGGAGCAACAAAGAGGCAGCACUGAACGAUCCAAACUUUGGUUUCACUCCAAUAGUUUUAGGCCAGACUUUAAUGGAUUCUCUUGUGUUGUCUUCGUCGUUUACGCAAGCCAUAUUCGAUCGAUACCGCCGAUGCGCAGAUAGGGCCUUAGAAUGUGCUUCGAAAAGUAGAAGCCGAAAUACCAGAAAAUGAAAUAGUAGUGGAAUCAUAAAUCCCUUAUUCGAGGGCUCAACGCAUAAUUCGAGUGGAGGUUUUGCUCUCUGUUCUUAUUUUUCCUGGCCCAGUAACUUGCAAAGUAUCCGCGCGUAUUACAUGUAUAAUUAUGUUGAACCAUGGAAGAACGUCUAUUUAUUGCUCUGUCACAAAAGCGAACAUGUACCUUAUUUAGCUUCUGCGCCGGUGGUAAACCACACAAAGCCAAAAAAAACUUGCCAUGAAUUUUUUCUUUUUUUUUUUGUGAUAACUUUUGUGGGCAGGUAAUCCCAGUUGUGACCCUAACGCAGAAGUUAGUUUUCCCCACAACAACUCAACAUUGGCAUUAAAGGCUCUCCAUGAUAUUAAAGAA